AUGGCGCGGAGCAUGGCGCAGAUCCAAGACAAACGGGCAAAUGUCGAUGGAAAACGGACAGCCUUCGUAUUAUGUGGGGUGCCUAUCUCGGAAAACAAGGUGAAACGUGCUCGCGAAAAUCACGAUUAUGGGGUUGAUUUGGGCCUGACAUAUAUAAGAGAUGUUGUCCCGUCACAAAUAGGUUACUUUACCCCAGAACCGCAGGAUGAAUUAUAUGAAGCCAUUAAAUAUAAGGGGCUGAACGAAGACGGGUAUAUGAUGGUCAAUGGAAUGGAGGGUGCCGCAAGAGGAACCGAUUCUCAGGACAGUUAUGAUGGCGACUCGCAAGAUUCAAUAGAAAUAUCUGACGACUGGACGAAUAUAACACGCGAAGAGCUUGAGCCAAGACGCGCCAAUCCUGAGACCGAUAGUAUAGAGCCCAUCUACGAAGGGGAUCGGGAGUUAAAAGAUAACAUGCCUUCUCUAGUCGGGUGGCCUGUGGAGAAUCUUGAACUAUCUACAGAGCUAAUCGGCAUGCAUGGCUCGUCUUUUAUUGGGAUGAUCACUAGCACACAUCAUGACCUGCAUUCAGAUCUAGCCUACACAGGAAUAUUAGAAGCUGAAGGAGAUAGAAAUAUUAUCAAAAGCACGGAAUUACGAGGUUGUGUAUGGAUGAGCUCAGGCUGGAACGGCAGGGGCUUCAUGGGGAAUUUGUUUGAUGAUGAGUAUGAGUAA